UAAAGGUGCUCUUACAAGUCCUACAAAGCAAUAAUACAGGUGUCAACCCUCACGCGUUUAAACAUACAUAUCCAACGGUCCAGAUUCCAUCAUUUUCUUCUCGCGUUUAAUCCUACAGAAACCGUUCUCCGAUCCGAUACACCUCCCCUCCUCCGCCUCUACAUCCACCGUUCGAAUCCGUCACAAUGGCCACCCCGUCGCGCGAGGACCUCGUGUACAUGGCUAAGCUCUCCGAGCAAGCGGAGAGGUACGAAGAGAUGGUGGAAUUCAUGGAGAAACUCUCCGCCGCAACAGACGGCAACGAACUCACGAUCGAGGAGCGAAACCUCCUCUCCGUCGCGUACAAGAACGUGAUCGGCGCUCGCCGCGCCUCGUGGCGGAUCAUCUCCUCGAUCGAGCAGAAAGAAGAGAGCCGCGGCAACGUCGAGCGCGUCAAAUCGAUCCGUGACUACAAGGCGAAGAUCGAGUCGGAGCUCUCCGGGAUCUGCGACGGGAUCCUGAAGCUGUUGGAGUCUACGCUCGUACCUUCCGCUGCUUCUGAGGAGUCUAAGGUUUUCUACGAAAAGAUGAGAGGUGAUUACUAUAGGUACUUGGCUGAGUUCAAAAUCGGUAGAGAGAGAGAUGAUGCGGCGGAGAAGACACUCUCUGCUUACGAAUCUGCUCAGGAGAAUGCUAAGGGGCUUGCUUCAACUCAUCCUAUACGUCUUGGAUUAGCAUUGAACUUCUCUGUGUUUUAUUAUGAGAUUCUUGAGUCUCCUGAUCGUGCCUGCAGCCUCGCUAAAACGGCUUUUGAUGCGGCAAUUGCGGAGUUAGACACACUAGGGGAAGAGUCAUACAAGGAUAGCACUUUGAUCAUGCAGCUUCUUCGUGACAACCUCACUCUCUGGACAUCCGACAUGCAGGAUGAAUCUGCAGAUGAGAUCAAGGAAGCAGCAGCACCGAAGCCAACAGAAGAGCAGAAAUGAUGAGUCUUGGUGUGAAUUGGUACUAGCUAGUGUUAGGGAUUGAAACCAUCUUCUUCGUCAAUAAUAUUGUGUCUUGUCAAAGAGAUGGCUGUCUCAGUUUCUUCCUGUUUGAAAGUACAUUAUUACUCUCAUAUCUCGAUUUGCUUUACCCUUUUGGAUCGAUGUUUAUCAUUUUCUGAGUGAAAAGAGAAAAUAAUCUAAAGUUGAUUGAUUAAAC